GUGUCGGUCUCAAUACUAUCGUUCCCGUAACGGUGAAAGCCACUCUGUAAAAUCAGUCUCUACUUAAAAACUGAGAAGCCGGUGAAUGAGGCAACCACUCCGCCACCCUCCCCGCCCUUUUAAAUCAAUGGCAGUUUUCCAAAUCCGGCAACCCAAUCCCCCUCUUUUUCACUCAUAAAUUAACAUCAACCCUAAAUCGUCCCUAGAAAUCCUCCAAAAACGUGAAAUCAUCCCCAAUGGCGAUCCACGCGAAGACCGACUCCGAUUUAACCAGCAUAGAGACCUCAUCGCCGCCGCGAUCUCCCCGGCGGCCGAGCUAUUAUGUGAUGAGUCCAAUCAACCCGGAGGCAGACAGGACGUCGAUGUUCGAUCUUAGUCCGAACGAGUCCCCGAUCCAUUAUCACUAUCUCAGCCAUCAACGGUAUAUCUCUCGAGAGUUUUCUGCCUCGCGAUUCUCUGCUUCGCAUAAGACUGGGUACUGGAGAAGGUUUCCGCCAGAGAUGCGGUUCUAUGGUGGCGAUGGGUGUGAGGAGGGAGAGGAGCUGGAGGAGGAGGAGGAGGAGCAGGAGAGAUGGGGGAUUCGAUGCUAUGCUGCCAUGUUUGUGAUCGGAUUCUUUUUAAUCUUUGGUCUGUUUUCAAUCAUUCUGUGGAGCGCGAGUAAAGCACAUGAACCCAAAAUCACUGUGCAGAGCAUGGUGUUCGAGAGCUUCGACAUCCAAGCUGGGGUUGACCACACCAACGUUCCGACGGAGAUGAUGUCCGUCAAUUCAACGGUCAAGAUGUGGUUUCGAAAUCCAGCGUCAUUUUUCGGCGUCCACGUGUCUUCCACACCAAUGGAUCUCUACUAUUACGAUCUCCCGGUUGCGUCCGGCCACAUGGAGAGGUUCUACUCGUCGCGGAAGAAUAAGCGUUUGGUUACGACGGUGGUGGUCGGAACGCAGGUGCCGCUUUACGGCGGCGGCGUUGGCCUCUCAAACCACAACUACGGCGAACCGCAGGCGGGGAUACCUUUCAAUCUUUCAUUUGUGGUGCGUUCACGCGCGGAUGUUCUGGGCAAGCUGGUCCGGUCAAGGUUCAACCACCGGAUUCGCUGCUCGGUUUAUUUGCAUGUCUCGAGACUCGGCCGCCCGGUCGAUCUCCGCCGCGCCUGCCAAUAUGAAUGAUAAAGAGUGAGGACCAGCGGCUUUGUUCAUAUUUAUAAAUUUCGGAAUUUCAUAAUAAAUAUUUGCAAAAAAUACUUAAAUAUAUAUCAUUUUAGGAAGAGUUUAGCUAAAAAUUUAAGGAGCACAUAAAUAGAUAUGACAG